AUGCCCGAGGACGAUAUCAGAAACAAGUUUCUCGAUGCUGGCGACAGCGACGACGAUGCCGGUCACGGAUCCGAGUCGGAGGAUGAUUUUCAAAAGGGCGGCCGCAAUGCGAAGCGCAGAAGAGUGAGCGACGACGAGGACAGCGAAGCCGACGACUUCACCGACGCAGAGGAGGAACACGACCAAGAUGAUGCUGAAAGCAAGGAUGCAUCUGCACAGGAAACGACAGAUGGAAAGGAAGAGAAGGAUGGAAAGAAGAAGAAGGAGAAGAAAUUGGUACUAGAGGGUGACCUUCCGGGCAUGGAGAAGCCCCUCACAAAGAAGAAUCUCAUUGCCACGGAGGAGGCCAUCAAGAAGUCGGGAGUGGUGUACAUCUCCAGGGUACCACCUUUCAUGACCCCUGCCAAGUUGCGCUCUCUCCUAAAGCCAUAUGGAAACAUGAAUCGCAUUUUCCUGGCCCCCGAGGACCCAGUUGCGCGGCGCAAGCGCAUUCGCAACGGAGGCAACAAAAAAAAGUCGUUUACAGAAGGCUGGGUUGAGUUUGUCAAGAAGAAGGACGCCAAAAAGACAUGCGAACUACUCAACGGCCGUCCAAUCGGAGGCAAGAAGGGAUCCUACUACCGCGACGACAUCUGGAACCUACUUUACCUCAAGGGUUUCAAGUGGCACAACCUGACGGAACAAAUCGCUGCUGAGAACGCCGAGCGCUCCAGCAGAAUGCGCGCCGAGAUUUCCAAGACCACCAAAGAGAACAAGGAGUUCGUUCGCAACGUGGAGAGGGCCAAGGUGCUGCAGGGCAUUCAGGCAAAGAAGGCGUCCAAGGGCAGCAAGAAGGGCGGUGAGGGUGCCGCUGAAGCGACAGAAUCAGCUCCCCAGGCGGCGACGACGACGACAAAUGACGACUCGCGCGGCGAGAGGAGGAGAACAUUCAAGCAAAUACCCCUGGCCAAGAAGAGGAAGCUCGAUGAGGCACAGCCCGAGCAGGUACAAAGAGUGCUCAGCAAGAUCUUUUAA